GAGAUGAUGGCGUCGGCCAACAAGAAGGCCAAAGUGACGACAAUAACGCCCACCACUAACCGGUCGGCCGUUGUGGUCGUCUCGAGCAACGGCGCUAUGACUACGGAAACGGCUUCAGCGGUCGCGUCGAUCACCGGAGGAGUAGUGAAGUCUGAGUCGGAUAUGAUGGGCACUCCUUACACACCGAUCCGCGGCAGACGCCCGGCGAUGACCCCUCAGAACGUAGAGUUCAAAUGCACUUUCCCUGACUGCGGGUUCGUCACCAACUCGCAGGAAAAGCUCGACUUUCACGUCAAGGCUCACACCAACACCAAGUACAAGUGUCCAUACUGUCCGUACGUCAGCAAUACGAUAGUAGACAUCAAACGCCAUAUCCAGAAGAGUAAGAAACACGAGGGCCAGAAGGUGUACGCCUGUCAACAGUGCGGUUACGGCAGUGACUGCGACCGCACUUUCAAA